GUGGCUUUUACUGUCUACUGACGUUAUAGAGCUAGUUCGGUAUGUUGUAGUAAAAUCAUAAUUUGCCUUUUGUAUAAAUAUAUGAAUGACUUAUGAUAUUCUUCUACCGACAAGGUGAAGGGACAUAAACACUGUGUAUAAUAAUUUAAAAUAGUUUUGAUUAAACUUUCAAAGUUAGUAAUUAUGACGGGAGAUGUUGAUAAGUGGAUAGAUAUAGCAAAGAGGUGUAAAUACUUGCCGGAAGAUGAUCUGAGAGAACUCUGUAAUAUAGUAUGUGAUUUAUUACUAGAAGAACCGAAUGUUCAACCAGUCCAAACACCAGUUACUGUUUGUGGUGAUAUUCAUGGUCAGUUCUAUGACUUAGAAGAGCUAUUCCAUAUAGGAGGACAAGUUCCUAGCACUCAGUAUAUAUUUAUGGGAGAUUAUGUCGAUCGAGGGUACUACAGUCUUGAAACGUUGACACUCUUAAUGGCUCUUAAAGCCAGGUACCCUGACAGGAUAGUAUUACUAAGAGGGAACCAUGAGACCUGUCAAAUAACCAAAGUUUAUGGUUUCUAUGAUGAGUGUCUGAAUAAAUAUGGAAAUGCAAAUGCAUGGAAGGAUUGUUGCAGGGUGUUUGACCUACUUACUGUAGCCGCGUUAAUAGAUGAGACAAUUUUGUGUGUCCAUGGAGGUCUGUCACCUGAUAUAGCAAUGCUGGAUCAAAUCCGUUGUAUUAAUAGAAACCAACAGAUUCCUCACAAAGGUGCCUUUUGUGACUUACUCUGGUCCGACCCAGCGGAUGUCAAAACAUGGGCUUUAAGUCCCAGAGGGGCUGGAUGGUUGUUUGGCAGUUACGUCACAGAUUUAUUUAUGAAUUAUAACAAUUUAGAACUAAUAUGCAGGGCCCACCAACUUGUUAAUGAAGGCUACAAAUACAUGUUUGAUAGAAAGUUGGUGACAGUGUGGUCGGCACCUAACUAUUGCUACCGUUGUGGCAAUGUCGCUUCUAUUUUGGAGUUCAAAAGCGUGAACCAACGUGAUUUCAAAAUCUUCAAUGCUGUGCCCGAUAGCGAAAGAAAAGUCCCACCUCAGCAUACAACACCAUAUUUCCUUUAAUACUUAAUGUAUUAUUUUUCACAUUCAUUUUUAUAAUUAAUUGUUAUGUAUUGAUUCACAGUUCUAUUUACGGUAAUUGUUAUUAUUUAAAAAAAUCAUCUUUGAGCUUUGUCCGGCGCUCCAUUCUUGGACCAAAAUGUAUGAUCUUGUGUGAGGUGCUACCCAAUUUACAUCAAAUUAUUUUGUAGCAGUUACUUUACGCUUUAUUAAAAAUAUGAAAUGAAACCUAUACAUCUAUGAUACAUACAAAUAAAAAAGCUGAUUUACUAUAAA